CAAAUUUGGCGACGACAUUUCAUCAGCUCAUUCAGAGACGACGCGUCCAUUUGGAGUGAUCAAUGAAGGAAGCAUUCAAGCCGACGUGGUUUGCGCAGCUCUACUACAGCAGAUGGAGGACACUGCAGCUACCCUGGCGAAAGAGCUUCUUUCGAGGGUUUGACCUCGAUGGCAACAAGUACUUUGAGUCGCAUAAUCCACUCAACCCGGCCAAGUUUAGGCGGACCGUCAAGUAUGUGCAUGACGGACACUAUACAGACAACAAUGUGACGCCGCAGUGGAUGUCCUGGCUACGGCAUACGAAAAAGGAUGCACCGACGCUCGAUGAGCUGUAUGCUGAGGUGGCACGGAUCCACUCAACCCGUCAAAACGCCCAGCUCGUGCAUCAGCGAUGGGAAGAUGAGAAGCAGAGGUUGGCAGCACCUCAGCAGGAUGCUGAAACAAAGAAUGUCUCAUCAGACUACUUGGAAGCGCCCGGUACGCGUGAUGAGAAGGGCGAAUGGCAACCCGAGGCCUGGGUCUCAAAACCAGUCAAACGCUGAGUUGUCAAUAUUUGCCUGCGAUAUGGACGACCUCUAUGUCCUGUUCUUGCUCCCAUCUGCAUCAAUCCUGCACAACGCACGGCUGCAAUAUGGUUGCUCGUGCACGAAAGCUGAGGCUCUCCAAGGUCAAAGCAAAAGAGAAUGAACUUGCGCUCGGUCUGCUGCACAUUGCACUGUCCUCUGCUUUGCUCACCCUGCUGCGUCGAUGGCUCUAGUUAAGGCUAGCGGGCUCCUUGGUCUUUCCCUCCGCGAUGCCUCUCAUCAAGUCGGAUCGUAAGCAUAGACAAUACGGUGGCAAGCGCUAAUCCCAGUGGCCAAUACAGUCAUCAUCCUUGGCGGCAUUUACCAAGUCUAUGCAGCCGUCUGGGCAAUCUUCUACCCUCGCGCCUUUUGCACUUUCAUCACAAAGGUUCUAGAGCCCCUUGUGGCGCCGAUACCGAUACUUCAAAUCACCAAC